GCCGGGGCCGGGCGGUAGGAGCGGGGCGGGCCGGGGGCUGCUGUCCCGGGGCUCUGGGAGCUGCUGCCAGGAAGGAGCCAGAGCGGGGCUGCUCUCCGAGGGAAGGCGAGCGGCUACAGCGCAGCCCCGCGGUGCCAGAAGCAGGGCAGCGACAGCACCGGGUCCCAGUGACUGUCGCGGGGCGAGGCGGGAUUUGGAUGGAAUCUCAGUAUCUGAAGCAAUGCCUGGGAAGUUGCUUGACGAAGGGACUGGCAGAGGUUGUAGAGCAUCGGCCAGCAGAUCCCAUAGAGUAUCUUGCACACUGGAUUUACAAUUAUAGAAGAAACUUAGAUGAAGAAAAAAAGAGAAUGCUGGAGAGAGCUGAGCUGGAACAAGAACGGGAGGCAGCCAUAGCUGAACUUGAAAGGUUAAAAAUCCAGGAAGAAGAGGAGCGGAAACUUGAAGAGCAACGUCAGGCUCAGCUGGAAAAAGAGCGUGAGGAGUUGGAGUUGCAAAAAAAACUUGCGGAGUUGGAACUGCAGAAUAAAGAAGCUGAAAUGCACUUGCAGCAGGAAGAUGAAGAGGAAAAUGAAAAGACAAUACCUGACGAUAUAGAUGGAUCUGGAACACCUACUUCAUCCAAAGCUGAGAAGCCAGAUGAGAGUGAACAGAGCCAAACAGAUCUCUCAACAGUAACAGAAGAAGAAAGUACCAACUGACCUGAAAGCAGUAAAAAUAUUUUCUACUCAUUACUCGCUGAUCCUGAAGUUUAGUAUCUUGGUUUAUGUAUUUUAUAAGUAGAACUGAUUUACGUACCUGUUUCUCCAGUGUCUGUUUUCAAGGUGUUUGUAUAAAGUCUGCUAAUUCUGACACUGAUUCUUCCUUUUUGUUCUUAAACUGUAGCUAGCAUGGCUGACUUGAAGGAAGAAAAUUGCAGUUGAAAUGAAAGCAGCAAAUAUUUUUUCUACUUAUUGCAUAUCUAAGUAACCAUAAUAAAUACAAAUAUAACUAAUGUGUCUAUAUUAUUUGAGGAUCGAUGCUACAAUAUAAGUUGGAUCAGUAUUAAAUAAUAAAAUAAAUAAAAGAAUAAAAUAUUACUGAAAAUUAUUUUCCAAGAAUUUGAAUGGUUUUUGAUAGAAAAAGGGAAUGCUGUACAGAUUAGAAGAUGGAGAGAGUGUUCUGGACAUCAGACUUGGUGCAAAAAUCCAAUCAGAAGAUUUCCCAAAUAUAUUUGGAAGAGAUAAAUUUAACUCUGACUCGGUAGACAGAUGUACUAGAUCUUGUCUCUUCAAAAUCAUAAGGUGGUCUUUGUAAUAUGGGGUGUUUGCUCCAGGCUUUAUUAGAACCUUUUUUGGGUAUUGUGUGGUACUAGGUGAGCUGCAAGUGUCUGCAUGUCAGUUUUGAUUAGUCAAGGUUUUAAGCCUUUUCUGCAUUUUUCUUGAAUUUGUAAAUCAACAAAUUAAAUCUGUGUUGUCUACUAAAUAUCAUUAUUAUUUCUCAAAACUUCACUUCUAAAAAUCUGAAAGAAUAUUUAGCUCUAUCCAUAGUUAUCUAUAAAAAUAAAUUUUAUAAUCCUUAAAGAUGCAUUUUUAUAAGAACAGAUGUUUGUAAUCACUGGUAUCUUGAUAUAGGUUGUCAAGAGUGUUCUCUGUCUGUUUGUUAUAAAUGGAAAAGACAUCAGCAUUAAGAAAUCUUGCACUUCAAUAAAAUGUGCCUUUGCA